AUGACAUCCAGACGCUCCCAGUUCCUCAAAGAGGCGCCCCCUGGAGGUUACUUCCCAGAACCAACAUAUGUUUACACUGUCCACCCUCCUCAGACUCAAGAUCCGUUCCGAAAUGUGCCUGCUCGUAUGGCUGAAGACUACAGCCAAAUGUAUCCCCCCUCUUCAGCUGCAACAAACAUCUUCGUUCCUGGCUGCUGCCGUUCUCGUCGCCGUGCAUCCCGAUACUCAAAGACCUACGAAAGCGAAGGUUCAACCAAAAGCUAUGCUUCCUACGAAGACGUUCAGCCUGCUCAGCCUGUGGAUCGUCUCCCACCGCGCAUCGCUCUUAAGCAACUAUCUGAUUUUCUUCACGAAGCUGGUGUCUUCUACAACACGCAGCUUAUGGACUUUGCACGCGAGCACCAACGUCAAGGCCACGACACGUCCAAUGAAGCUCUUCGACAGUGGCUCUGGAACGACUGGAUUCGAUCUCGCGAUAACCCUUCCCGUGAGAACUUUACAUCUACCAAGACGAGCAUUACACUCUUGCUUCGUCAGGUUGAGAGCGCCAUCGCGACACCUUGGCUAGAGAACGCAGACCUAAACGUCCGAUUCGACUUUAGCUAUAAGGCCCUUAAGAGUUCUUGUGAUGAGAUUGUCAGAUUGUCAGGCAAGGUCAUGAGCGAUUGGCAAACUUGUCGGUUUCUGGCUGUCGAGCUCAAGAAUGCCCGUGUUUAUGCCGACCCGGAGGGACCUGUUCUGAGACAUUUGUUUGUGGGGUGGGAGAAGGGCGAACCUUGGUGAUCCUAACGAAAAGAAGAGAGGUCGUUCAAGUCGCUAGAUUUGUUCCUUUUUGUCUCCUUUUGUUAUGUUCCUUUGUGUUUCCUUGGAGUUUACCAUGUUGCUAAGAUGAGAUGCAUGUUACUCUGUACCUGUACUGUACAGAUAUCUAUCUACCUACCUUAGAUAUUGCUAGGGCGACCAAUCGGGAAGACGGUGGAGUUUGAGGUUCAUAGCUCCCUUUCCCCUGGUCGAUCAGCCACGUGGGCCAUGCCGAUCACUCAUUCGAGAAUGUCUGUGGCGGUGCGAUACUUGCAUGAUGUGGCUUUGACAUCAACGUUGAUACAUACUCAUGAGUUAUGAUAGGUAGGAAGAUAGACUUGACCCAAUUAGAUGUUAGCCAAA